AUGCAUUUGCUGAGAUUUUUCUUUCUAUCUCUCUCUCUCUCUCUCUCUCUCUCUCUCUCGGAAGCAUCUUUUGACCAGAAUUUAAGGAUAUGCAAUAUUAACAGGAUCAAACUCUCCUUCCUUAGUAAUCAUUACUUACUUUUCUUUACUUCCAUUACCUGUCACCAUCGCUUACACUCCUCUCCUCUGGUUAAUAUACAAAAUAUAUCUAAAAAGAAGAAUUAUUCCGUCUUAAGUCAAUAUCCAGUCUUUGAUAACCAGCCCUUUCUUACUCUCGUAUCUUUUGCUCCUUCUCACACUCUCUUUCGCCCUCUCUCUCUCUCACACACACUCUUUCGCCCUCUCUCUCUCUCACACACUCUCUUUCGCCCUCUCUCUCUCUCACACACACUCUCUUCGUUUCGCCCUCUCUCUCUCACACACUCUUUCGCCCUCUCUCUCUCACACACUCUUUCGCCCUCUCUCUCUCACACACUCUCUCUUUCUCUCUCUCUCACACUCUCUCUUUCGCCCUCUCUCUCACACUCUCUCUUUCGCCCUCUCUCUCACACUCUCUCUUUCGCUUUCUCUCUUUCCCCCUCUCUCACACUCUCUCUCUUUCCCCUCUCCACUCUCUCUUUCCUUCUCUCUCUCACACUCUCUCUUUCUUUCGCCCUCUCUCUUCACUCACUCUCUUUUCGCCCUCUCUCUCACUCUCUCUUUUCCUUCUCACCUCUCUUUUCUCUCUCUUUCGCCCUCUCUCUCACACUCUCUCUUUCGCCCUCUCUCUCACACUCUCUCUUUCGCCCUCUCUCUCACACUCUCUCUUUCGCCCUCUCUCUCACACUCUCUUUCUCAAAUUAA